AUGUUGCCCUUCCAUUGCUGGGCCCUCCUUCUCCCUCUCCCCCUGCUUCUGGUCGUCGCCCCCUCCUCUGGGUUUUUUGGCUGGCUCACCCAAAGGGCCUCCCCGGCUCACGUUCCCAGUCCUGAGCCACCGGCUGCCGCCCCAGAGCCAGCCAGCCUUGGACCAGUGCCUUUUGAGAUGAAUAUGGCUGAUGAGAGAUUCUUGGCUGAAGCUCAGCCAGUGGAUCGCUCCCUUCUGGACUCCUGCCAUCACAAGGUCAUUGCUCAGCUUCGGUCAACUUGCACGGACCUGACGGAAGAGGAGCUAGCCAAGCUGGGCGUGUCGCUCUUCAACUGCCAGGCCAGUGCCGAAGGUCGGAGGACUUACCUGUGCACUGGGGACAUGACGCUUGCAGAAUGCACCGCUGGGAUGGACCCGGACACCUGGAAUGCUUAUCACAUCGUCAGCAACCGAGCGCGUGCAGUCUGCUAUGCCACCCGUCAGAUGCAGUUCAAGCGCCGGGCGGAGCACACAGUGAAUGCCCUGGUCUCUACCGCUGUCAGCCAGUUGGAAGCAAUGAAGAUACUGAAGAAGAGCCAGGAGGACCUGAAGGGGCUAACGUCGGAGUCCCUGCAGAGAGUGGCCAGUGCUCAGGAACAGCUUCUUGCCCAGCAAGAGUCAUUGCAGGGCGGCCAGACACGAAUGGAAGAAUCUCUCUCCAGCAAUCUGGAGCAACUGGUCCAGGAGAAGGCCUUGAUUGCUAGUGGGCAGCAGCAGGUGGCCGAGCUGAUCGAGGGCAUCACGCGGAGGAUGGAAAACGUCAGCAGUCAUCUGGACCAACAGGAUAUGGACCUUCAAGAAGGACACCAGUCCAUCCUGAGGGACUUGAGCCAGGUCCAAACACGGGCCCAAGAAGUCUACUCCAAAUUAGAUACCAAUUUGGGUUUGUUCCUGGCCUAUCAAAACCAAACCACCUUGUAUCACAAUGAGUUACUGGAGAAACUGCGGAAGAUGAACGAGAGCUUUGGGCUGGUCCUUCACACCAUGGAGCUCAUGCAGACCAAAGUGGAGGGCCGAUUGCAGCACAUCCAGAGAUUCAUCACCUGGGCAGGGUUCAGCCUGAGUUCGGUCUAUACCUGCGUCCUGCACGGCACCUACUUCCUCUUCACGGCGCUCAUCAUGACUUUCCUGCAGAUCCCCGGCCUGCCCCGCGCCCUGCUUCUGGUCCUGGUUGUGGCAAAUGCGCUGUCUGAGCUCCAUCACGGCGUCUCCUUGGGAUUUAAAUCUCUCACCGGCCUCUUGGGGCUGUCUGUGGCAGUCAGCGUAGCCCGAGAAAGCAUCUGCCGCCAUGCUCUGAAACAGAGGAAACGGAGACCGCUCCCAGCGCCUUUGCCCCUUCCCCAGAAGGCUCCGGAGUCACCAGCUUGCAAAGCGGGGUGUAAACAGGCCGAGCGCUGUCAUAUUACCUCCACUCCUGAUAGAGAAGGUGAUGUGGGCCUCCUGGAAGAUCUGGAGAAGCUGGAAGAGGUGAGCUUCCUGUCAGUUGCUAGUGAAGAUGCUUGGCUUAGUGGUGGAACAGCGGGGCCUGCAGCCAGGAAGGACCGGGCCAGAGGUGAUGGGAUGCUAGCUGGUGUCACGGAGAAAGAGGCGCUCCUCUUUGUUCCCCAACAGGCCACCUUGGGGAGACUCACCCGGCCCCACCUGGAGUCACGGUUCAACUCAUCUUGCAACCCACAGGCCUCUCCCCCAAAUGAUUCCUUGGUCAGCGACGUGUCCAGCUGCUCUGCCUCUCCAAGGCCGCUCUGCCAAGGGGUCACCAGGACUGGGCAGCCAUGCAGGAAAAAGGCUGUCUCUGCCCACCUCUUCUGCCACCUUCAUGCAGCCGGACAGACCCACCUCGCUUAACCAGCAGCAGCAUCUCUGGGGAC